AUGCAUACCCAGGAGUGGGUCUGGGGGCUCAAAGCUAUCUUUUCCAUUGGAUGGGAAGAAGCUGAAGGCCUUCUGGAGGAGGUGGCAAGGACUUCCAGAGCUGUUCGCUGCUUGGUACACCCCUGCACUUCACCCCGUUUCCACCGCCGACUCACAGUUCUGUCUGGGCACCCGCAGUCGCAUCCCCACCGGGCAGCCCCCUGCCACUCCACCAAGCGCCUAGUCCCAAGACAGCCGGGGAACCCUUGCGAAUCACAUCCGGAAAAGGGUGGGGGCGCAAGGGGCGGGGCGAGCCCCGUAGGAGAAAAUCGGGCGUCCCUGCCUACUACCCGCGGUCCCGCUGGGGUCGCUGCCAGCCACCCAGCCGCCCCUCUCGCUGAACCCGCAGUAUCGCCCGCGCGCCCCGAGCCCCUCCAGGCCAGAGGCUCCCGCAGAUCGCUUUCCAGCGACACCAAACUCCUGUUGGUCUUCAAACCUGGCUCAGAACUUUGCUUGCACUUCCCUCACCUGGAACCUUCUUCUCCUGAUAUCUGCACGGCCGACUCCUCGAUUCAUUACGGUUUCUCAGCUCAUCUGUUACAGUUUCACCUCCUGAGGGAGGCCGUCUGUGACCACCCUUUCCGAAAAACACCCUGACACUCUUCC